AUGUCACUCUGUCGCCUUGCUUUGCUGGCCAUCGCGGCUGCAGAGUUCUACGAGCCCUGCACACCUGCGCAAGCUCUCCAGGCUCUGCGUGCAGUGGGCUCACUGGAUGCUGGGUCAGGCGAUUUCAAUAGCUUCUGCCAAGGCAGCCCGACGUCCCCGUCUCGGCGCCAGAAUUUCACAGGCUGUGGCUGCUUCGCGGGGCUCUUGGCAGUUAAAGAGGAGGUCGUGUACGAGCUUGCCAAACUCAAAGUGUUGCGCCAAGUCGAUGCUAAAAAGCUGCAGAAUAGGUCAGCAGCAUUGCAACUCUACCGUAUCAAGCUUCGCCGUGGCCCCGGCCUCGCAGAAGCUCGGGCAGCUCUACGAGAAAAGUUCAAGCAAGUCCAACACUCUCUCAGCUACACCGCCGGCAUGGCCCUGCGUUUCGCAGAUGAGCGAAAUCUUGGAUUCCAGGGCGAUAGGUUUGCGGCUCUCAUGAGCGAAUUUCUCGUUUACUUUAAGCUGGAGUACACCGAACCGGCAUACGGGAUGAUGGUGCAGAACCACAACACCUGCUUGCUGGAUAUUUUUGCUGGCAGGUGUGAAAAGAGGAACCUUCCCAUUUUCGAGAAGUUCCCAGCGGUACAGGGACCUCCACAGGAGGGAUUCAUGUUAGACUUUCUUGGUGUGUCAGUACCUAUCGAGGCAGAUUGUCAAGAAAGGCAGUUCGCAUUGCUGGCACCAGGGAGAACCAUGCUGUGCGAGUACUACAAGUCAGGCAUGCCUUUGCCUCGAGUUUGGCCUGUGCUAGACGAGGAGUAUUUGGAAUGGGCUGAUAUCCUCACGACUGCGAUGGAUGCAGCAAAGGCCGGAAGGCCAUUCCGCAUGGCUGAGUUCGGCAGCGGGCCUUACGGAAUUUGGGCCAUGCGUGCGGCAAAGGCCUUCACUGCGGUUGCUGCCGCUGACCAGCCCUGUGAGUUGUUACUUGUGGAGCCUUUUGAGCUGGGAGAUGGCUCCAUUUUGCAAACGCACACAGCUAUGAACUUGCCCCUUGGUCGGUGCGAAUUUCUGGUGCACGAGGAUCUUCUGAGUACGAACGACCAGGUCAAGGCUUUGCUGGGAUCGGGUGAUCUUUGGGAUCUGGUCGACAUAGAUAUACAGGGAGCAGAGCACGAGAUUCUGCCAGGCUUGUUUGCAUGGCUGUCGACCCGAGUUCGGCGCCUGCAUGUGUCAACACAUACGCGCCAGAUUCACUGGCAACUCGUCGAGGAGCUGGAAAGGGAUGGUUGGCAGAUCCAGGCUCAAUAUCCUACCUUCUCCAUGGUGGGCCUGGAAAACAAUGCUUUGGGGUCGUUUCUUACCUGCGAUGGCCACAUUAGUGACUGCACGCCUGCCGACAUCCGACCAGAGACGUGCAUCGAGGAAAAGGGUCGUCUGGCAGUUGCGCGCAUGGGAGGCCAACCCAACUGGAAGAUCGGUUGCCAGCUGCUCAGGCUUUGGUGUUGGUUCUGGCCGAGCCCGCCCGCGGAACGCUGUGUCCCCUGUCCCAGCAUAGACCACCCGACCGGCACCAAGAGACUAGGCACCGUGGACUACGGCUUGGAGAUGCUUGGAGUGGUUGCACCCGCCAUAGAUUCUAUGGUGCACCAAAAGCGGAAGUACCGCACUGACUUCGAGCCUCUCAUGCGGAAGCAGAGCACGCAAGGCGUUUGGCCGUUGUACAACAGGGGCUAUUUCACAGGGAAACAGAUUGCCAUGAGGUUGCUCCUUCACGAGCGUUUAGAGAUGAUGGCGCAAAUCUUGUCACUGUCCAUGGCGGUGAUUGCGUCUCAUGUGCGUAGACAUAUGGUGUGCUUCAUGGACAGCACUGCCGCGGAACAUGCGCUGCGCAAGGGUUAUGCCAAGGGUGAAGCCUUCACCAAGACGUUGGCGUGCUUGUGGUCUUGGGUCGCGGAAACCGGCCUACAGCUUUCCACCGAGUGA